CGCUCCUGUCACUCCUCGCCUGACCUUUGAGCACUUCUCUGCUGUCGGCUCCGGAUUAGGACUUUUCCUGCGUUCCUGGCGGCGAUAUUCGCCGUCCUCGCCGCCCCGGGACCAUGCUGUGGAAGCUCAUGAGACGCUUAUCCAGAAAGAGGUUUAGAGUGGAUAGAGCGAUUGCGAUGGAUUUGCGCAUGCACGCCUCCGAGAAAGAUGCCGCCGGUGGCACCGGCUGGUCCGACAGCAGCCCCACCAUGAGCGACUCUCGUCCCGAAUCCCCUCAAGGUACCGGCAAGACCCAAGCCUUCGAUUUGUUCAACCUGGUGGUCGCCUACAAGAGGAUCGAACUGUACGUGGAGCCGCUACGGGACGCCUGGGACGUCAUCCGCUACCUGCUCAGGUGGCAGACCCCCGUUCUAUCUCUGCUUACAUUCCUCACGGUCAAUAUUCUGCUGCUGACUUUUAAUGAAGUGGCCUGGUUCUCGGUGGGAACCCUCCUCGUCUCCAUCCCGGCUCUGAUUGGAUACCUGCAGGAGACGUCCCGCAAACCCAUUCCUGAGGCGGACCUGGCCCGGAGGAAACAUUACUGCGUGCGCCGCGAGGAUCUGCAGAAGGUGAAGCUCACUCGGCAGGAGGCCGUGGCAGAGUUUAAGAGUUUCCUAAUCCAGCUGGAAGGUGUACUGAACGUCAUGUGUGGCACCUGCGAGAAAGUCUACCAUGUCCUCUACUGGCAGAACCCCUCCGCCUCCUUCCAGUUGUACGGGCUGCUGCUGGGCUCGGUGUGCGUUUUCUAUCUCCUCCCCCUGUGUGGGGUUUUGGCCUUACUGAACAGCACCUUGUUUCUCAGGAACACCAACUUCUACCGAGUGGUAGCAGAAUGCCGGGCGUCUCUACAGCAGAAAAGUGUCAGCGAGCCGCCAUCGCUAGAACCAUCGCAGGUCCCACCAGAGGCCGAGAACAUUUCUGUCGUGGAGAGGACUCCCACACCUCCUGUCCCAACCAGCCCAGAGUUUUCCUCCUGCUCGGACAGCUCAGACUUUGCAAGCCAUAAACUGGACCUCUCCCCGGGGAGUGUAGAGGAAGCCGAAGAAGCCGAACCUGACGAUGAAUUUAAAGACGCUAUUGAGGAGCAACAACUGGUGAUCAUGGAGGACGACGACGUGUCCCAGUGUCCUUCCGAGUACGAGCUCAACCUCCAGGAUAAUGGCUUCCUGAGCAGGAACGACGCCAUCAAGAGCAAAGUCUCCAAACUGAAAGAGCAGAUAAGGAAGAGAUAUCCGUCCAAUAACCUGGGUAACUGUUAUGGAUGCAAUGCACCCUUUUCCAUACUACUGAAGAAGAGGCGCUGCUGCAAUAACUGUGGAAACAGCUUCUGUUCACGGUGUUGUUCAUACAAAGUCCCCAAAUCUGCUAUGGGAGCCACAGCUCCGGAUGCACAGAAAGAAACGGUGUUUGUAUGCGCGCCCUGCAACCAGGCAUUGAGUAAAUAGGAUCUUUGCGUUCUCCACGAACCCUUCUCAUGAAAUGCGCCACUAGUACCAGGAUUCGGAGAUGGACACUCUCUGGCGUGGGAGGGGUGUACACCCGAUAUCUUCAUGUCUUUGAUCUAUUCCUUUGUUCUGUCUACAUGCUGUACAUCUGUAUAAAUGUAUAUUGUAUAAAACCCAGAAGUUAUCUGUUUUAUAUAGAAAA